GUGAAGACAGCCUCCGCAGAAGUAAAGGCGCACUGAUGCGGCCGCGCCCUGCAGGCAGGAGUCUGGCGAGCCCCUCGUUCUUCCCCAGCUGCUGUCCCGGGAGGUUCCCGGACCUGCGCUGCGUCAGCUGGUGAAAAUGGCUGAAAAUGGGAAUGGUGAAAACAUGUCUAUCUUGGAAAGCAAAAUCUGUCAGCAAAUUGAGUACUAUUUUGGCAAUCACAAUCUACCAAGAGACAAGUUUCUAAAGGAACAGAUCAAACUAGAUGAUGGCUGGGUACCUUUAGAAGUAAUGAUCAAAUUCAACAGGUUAAGUCGCCUUUCAAAAGAUUUUGGUGUUAUUGUAGAAGCACUGAGAAAAUCCAAGACUGGUUUAAUGGAAAUAAAUGAAGACAAAACUAAAAUCAGAAGAUCUCCAAAUAAACCCCUUCCUGAAUUAAAUGACCAGUAUAAGGCUGCAAUUAAAAACAGAUCUGUAUAUGUUAAAGGCUUUCCACUAGAUGCUACUCUUGAUGAUAUCAAAGAAUGGCUUGAGGAUAAAGGUCCAGUUGAAAAUAUUCAAAUGAGGAGAACGUUGCAGAGAACGUUUAAGGGUUCAAUAUUUGCAGUUUUUGAUAGUGUUGAAUCUGCUAAGAAGUUCACAGAAAUACCAAAUCAAAAAUACAAAGACACAGAGCUGAUAGUACUUUUCAAGGAGGAGUAUUGUACAAAGAAGAAUGAAGAAAGGAAACAAAACAAAGUAGAAGCGAAAGCAAGAGCUAAACAGGAAAAAGAAGAAAAGCAGAAACAAGCAGCAGAUGCUGAAAUGAAAUCUCUGGAAGAAAAGACAGGAUGUCUUUUGAAGUUUUCUGGUGAUCUAGAUGACCAAACGUGCAGAGAAGACCUCCAUGCUGUGUUUUCUGGUCACGGAGAAAUCAAGUGGAUACACUUUGUUAGAGGUGCAAAGGAGGGAAUUAUCCUAUUUAAGGAUAUUGCCAAAGAAGCUCUGGAAAAAGCCAAAGCAGCACAUAAUGGGAACUUGCAGCUUCGGAACAAGGAUGUUGCAUGGGAAGUGCUAGAAGGAGAUGCAGAGAAAGAAGCUCUGAAAAAAAUCCUGGAUGAUCAGCAGGAAUUGCUGAAACAGAAAACAAAAGGGCGCAAAAUUAAAGGAAAAGGAAGAGGGGGAAAGAUAUCUCAGGGUGCACAAAAAGGAAAAGUACAGUUUCAGGGCAAGAAAAUAAAGUUUGAGAAUGACGAAGAAGAUGGUGAAAAUGAUACGAUUACAGAACCAGCAAGUCCCAAGAAGAGACCACUAGAAGAAACAGAAAAGGAAGAACCUCCACCAAAACAACUGAAAACAGAAAAUGGAGAUGGCAAUCAGUAAUACUCAAAUAAAAAGAAUUUUAAAAAAUAGUGGUUUUAUUGUUCCAUUUUCAAUAGAUUUUAAAUACAUGCCUCAGUUCAGGACUUUUUUGGCAGAAAAUCUAAUGAAAUCCACUUCAAUGUCAACCUACAAUUAGAAAAAAGUGAUAUUUUAUUGGGUUACAGCUUUUUUUGUUCAAGAAGCAUGCUUACUGCUAACAUAAAACCCUGGAAAGCUUUUCUGUUUAUAGUUUUGUUUAUUCUGUCAGAUCUCAUUUUUUCUGGCACCUUAUUCAAAUGUAAAAAGGUUUGGACUUUGUAAUCUUGUGGUUAUGUUUAAUAGCAGCUGGCAAUAAAUUCAGAACUUAAAACUG